UGGUCUAGCGACAACCUUGUCUAGUUCCACCAUGCUUCCAACUAUCCAAGAAUCCACAAGAAAAAAGUUAUAGGCAGUAUACUGCAAGCUACAAGGAAUACAAGAUUUUACGGUACAUAUACGUAUAUACCUAUAUGUAUAUUUGCAAAAUCCUGUUUAUUUAAAACAUAUAUUUUAGCCAGUAUAGCGCAAACCCGGUGCCACUUAAUAAGAGACACAAAGGAAUAGUCAGGAGUGAUAUCACCCGAUUUUAUUGGUAAAAAGACGAGACGAGCAGUGUCCAAGAAUUCCUUAAUGUUUUCAACGAAUGAAUGUCCUUGAGCAGACACGCGCACAUGUGCAGUGCUGUUUACGCUGUCACGUGUUGCAUCCAAUUCCCGAUAUUCUAUUUUGACAUGAGAUCUCGACGGAAAUGCAGCAAUGGAAGUCAAAAUUUUUGACAGUCCUUUGGUCGAUGCAGCCAAAAGGGGUAACUCUGACGACAUAGAAAAACUUUCCGAAGUUUAUGUAAAAAAGAAAACGAAAAAGCAAGAAUUCUACCCAGCGCUUUACAUCGCAGCUUUCCAAGGUUAUGAAAAUAUCGUGAGAACUCUUCUUUCUAAAGGGGCCGAUCCAAAUUACUGUCUCCAAGGCUGCUUACCACCGUUGCAUGCAGCUGCACAAAAAGGUCGACUUUCAAUUGCAAAACUGCUUCUAGAUCACGGUGCUGAUGUUAAUCCAAAAUUGAGAGGCCAAUAUGGAAGAUCAAGAAUAUCUGAAAAGGCUGAAUAUUUUUCAAGCCCGCUUCUCACUGCCGCUCGAGGAGGCCAUGCAAAAAUGGUACAGAUGCUUUUGGACAAAGGUGCGGAUAUCAAUGCAAGAUUAAAUUCAACAUCUGUCAAAGUUCCUCAUCAGAUUGAACGACUCUUCGCUUUUGGAGACUACAGUGAUUCUAAUAUUUCUUCAAACAGUUCGAUUCUUGGAUACACACCGCUACAUUUUGCAAUCGAAGCGGGGGAGAAAUCUGUCGUAAAGCUGCUAUUAAAACAUGGAGCAGAUGUAAAUUCUAAAUCUGACAUGGGUGAAUCACCACUAGCUCUAGCUGUCGAAAAAGAUGAAGAGUCGAUUAUUCAGAUUCUGAAGAAAGCAGGCGCUGAUAUGAACGUAGAAAUAGUUCAGUUAAUGAUGUUUCGAGAGAUGUUCGGUGUUGGUUUAAAAAGGAAGGAACUGAUAAGUGUUAAAGAUUCUAAUGGAUCGAAUAGUGAGGACAAAGAUUCUAGGGAAGUGAUCGAAAUGGAAUCGACCUCAAUAAAAAAGUACAAAAUUAGUGAUUACAGCUGCAUUAUCAGUUAGAAUAGUAAGCGAUAUUGUUAUCAAUUUUUUCAUAAAUAAAAUUUAACUAUAUUUACAAUAGUUUUUUAGAGAGAUGGUCAUAAAUUUAGAUGAAUCAAUGCGUUAUCAUUUCACAUUUGGCAUUUUUAAAAUAAAAUCAAUGUCCCUUAUAUGUCAAAAGUUUGGACACUUAUAUUCGGAUUUGUGUUAAUUGACGCGGUUUUUUUUUAAAUUCAGAAACUACGUAUGCUGUGUGAAAAUCAUACCCUAAUUCUAAUAUAGUUUAUUAUACCUUCACUUGGACAUUCGAAAGACUUAGAUUUAGUUUGAUGCUUUAGUUAAAUUUUAAACUCCAAUAAAACUGCUUGAACCCUU